CGCGGGGAGGGGUGGAGGGCGCAGUGGACCGAGGAGAGAAGAGGGGAGAAGGGGCGGGAGCGAGGAGUGGCGCCGCCCCUUCCCACCCCUCCGGUAGCAAGUCCAGGCGGGUCGCGGCGCGAGGUGCCUACCCUGCUGCCCAGGGCCAACCUCUGCCGGACCCAGGAGACACAGCUGGAUGGGGGUCUCCCUGGAGUCCGGCUGCAGCUCUCAGGGCCAACGGAAGCGAUGUCGCCUGGAGUGCAGGGGGGCCCAGCUGGAACCCACAGCUCCCCAGGCCCCGCCCGCCGGGCGCUCCGCGCUGGGCGCUGCGUCUUCCCGCGGUGGCCCCCGCAGUGCUGGCCAGCAGGGCCCUUCGGUCUGGCGGUAAGCGCCCGCAGGGAGUAGGGCCCGCAAACGCAAACGGGUUAAACCUGUCCCAGAAGGGCUAGGCUCCCCGUUGGCAGGUCCUCGGCAAGGAGGGGCCGGGAUCAUGUCACCCUCUAUAUUCUGUGGACUGGACCCUGGCCUCUGAGCAUGACCCUGGGCCGCGGAGGGCCCUGGCUGGGCGCCCGACAUGCAGCACGAGCGCGAAGAGGAGAGCCCCGAAACUCCGAGGUUAGGGCCACCAGCGCACCGAAGAGACCUCGAAGAACGUGGUGAGACCCUGAGCGCGCAGAUGCGACCCAGCCCACCUGGGAUGACUGCCAGCAGCUCCUCCGGACUCUGCCAGCAAGGACAGCCCACUACUGACCCUGCUGACCGCCGCCCUCGAGGGCCUUCUCUGACCGGUCAACCUGCUUGGGAUCCAAAUCUGGACUGUCUCUGCAGGCUCUCCAGGCGACUCUUGCUGAGCUGCUCCGCCUCGUCUGCAGCCACCGGCCGGCUGCUACGGAGUCUGCAUUGUCCUCACAGCCAGCCCUGGACCCGGGGGCCCCAGUUAGGGUCAGACAUCACACCCCCGGGACCCGGAACCCGGGACCCCCGCGGGACGGACCUACACUCUUACCCUGAGCACCCCGCCUGCUGUCAAGGUUGUGGGGAAGUGUCAUUGGAUUCAUCGCCCCCCCGAAGCCCACCGCCCCUUCCUGAACCCAGAGAUGGGGACGUCAGCGUCCCUCAGACCCCCUCAAGGUCAAAGUGCGCUAACUUUCCUGGUUCUCCUGCUCCUUCCCCCGCCCUGCCCUCCCCACAUGACCUUCCCUCUUACACCGGAUCCUCUGCACCAUGGACGGCACCGUUGUCUCUUCCGUCCCUAAGUCCAGAGGGUUGACCUCUCGAUCUCCUCGGGCCCUAGCCAGUCUCCUGCGAUGCGCGGUGGCUCCAUGUCCCUGCUGCGGGCUGGGCUGGCUGCCCAGGGAGCAGGCCGUGUGCUCCCAUUUGUCCUGUGUUUGUCCCCGGGACACGCCCCAGAUGUGCUUCUGAGCCCUACUUGUGCCCCUCCUGGGGCUGUGAAGCGACUGCUCCUGGGAAAGACACUGACCAGACCCUCUCGGCCGUGUCCCGACCACUGGCACCUGCUCCUCUGCUGGCGCUUGCAACCCCCUUGCUGUUCGACGGUCACAGGGUCGAUGCCUGGGAGGGUGGCCAUUCUUAACAGCCUUUGCCGUUAUGUCUGGGGCAAGGUCCCUGGCCUUUUCACCACUCAGAGGCGCCUUGUUCCUCGCCCCUAGUCCUGCCGCGCCUCUGCAGCCCGUCCUUGUGGGCCCGGGCCUUAAUUCUACACCAAGCACUCGGGUCGUUAGGGACAGCUGAGCCAGCUUCGCAAACGGCUCCUAGAGUGUGAGGAGCGCCGCUCCUCCGAGGGUCACUGGUAUCAGCCUCUCUUCUCUUGGCCUCCCUGGCCCAGCACCCUCGUCUCGGCCGUGCAGGUCCUUGCCCGUCUCUUUGGCCCUUGUGUCCUCCGUUUUCCCAUCAACUUCGUUCAGGGCCGGAUCCAGCCCAUCACGCCCAUGGUCCUCCUCUCCUGCUAUGAGCCGCUCCCCUUCUCGGGAUCAAUGAUGUGAUUCUCCAAGUCAGAAGGGGGGAUGUGGAAGGCCGCGCAUUAGAUCCCGCUCAUGAACAACUGUUCGCCCGUUUUGUUCCCUUACCCUGACGUGGCUGCCUGCUUCUGUAAACCUGCUUUGUCUUCCCGUGAGAAAACAGCUGUGCUAGCCGUACAGAAAACCACAUCCAGACGACAUCCUUUUUUUAAAAAAUUUAUUUUGUAGAGGUUUUUUUGCUAGCUAUAGGGCGCAUGCAUUCGC